AUGAACGAUGAGGUCUCGCAGCUCGCCCGCAGUUUCACCACGCAGUCCCUUGCUGCUCCCGGCACACUGUUCCCGGUCGUCGCCGAAGGUCCUCUGGAUCCCAACAGCGAUGCGUUUGACGCUAGAGAAUGGGCGAGAGCAUUUUACAACAUCCGCAUCGAUACUUCCGAAGGCAAUCCACCAAAAACCACCGGCAUCGCAUUCAAGAACCUUAGUGUUUUCGGCUAUGGCUCAUCCACCGACUACCAGAAAAGCGUGGGCAACAUCUUCCUUGGCGUAGUGACCGUGGUAAAGAAGCUGCUAGGAAGAAGAGACCAAAAAAUUGACAUUCUUCACGAUAUAGAGGGCGUUGUCCAAAGCGGCGAGCUCUUGGCCGUUCUUGGUCCGCCUGGCUCCGGGUGUUCGACAUUUUUGAAGACGGUUGCCGGCGACACACAUGGAUUCUAUGUCAGCAACAACGCGACCAUCAACUAUCAGGGCAUUCACCCAAAAGCCAUGCGCACAGCAUUCAGGGGCGAGGCCAUCUACACAGCAGAAGUUGAUAAUCACUUCCCGCACUUAACCGUGGGAGACACGUUGUAUUUCGCAGCGCGCGCCCGAUGCCCGAAAAAUGUCCCCAAAGGCGUGUCGAAAAGAGAGUACGCCGAGCAUAUCCGUGAUGUGACCAUGGCCAUGUUCGGCAUCUCUCACACCAAAAACACUCGCGUGGGUGACGAUUUCAUCCGCGGUGUAAGCGGUGGCGAGAGAAAGAGAGUCACCAUCGCGGAGGCUGCGUUGAGUUACUCGCCAUUGCAGUGUUGGGACAACAGCACAAGAGGCCUCGAUAGCGCCAACGCCCUCGAGUUCUGCCGAACGUUACGUACGCAAGCCGAUGUCAUGGGUUCGACCUCUUGCGUUGCUAUCUAUCAAGCUUCCCAGGACGCUUUCGAUCGUCCAGAAGUUAACGUUUUGAAGAUAUUUGACAAAGUUCUGGUUCUGUACAAAGGCCGGCAGAUUUUCUUCGGCAAAACCAAAGAAGCCAGAGCAUACUUCGAAGGUUUGGGAUUCAUCAGUCCAGAACAGCAAACAACGGCCGACUUCUUGACCUCGAUGACGAGCCACAAAGAGCGCGUCAUCCGGCCCGGAUGGGAGGACAGAACGCCGAGAAGUCCGGAAGAAUUCGCUCAAGCAUGGAAGACGAGCGAACAUCGCGCACGCCUUAUGGAAGAACUCGAGGACUAUCUGCAGCGUUAUCCGUUCCACGGAGAGUACCACGCCAAAUUUCUAGAGGCCCGCAAGAUCGACCAAUCCAAGUUUCAACGCGGGAGGUCCCCCUUUACGCUUUCAUACAUGGAGCAGAUGCGUCUGACCCUAUGGCGCAACUGGGUGAUGCUCAAAGGCGACCCUAGCAUCACCUUGACCAUGCUCAUCACGAAUGUUGCCCAAGCUUUGAUCAUCAGCAGUAUUUUCUACAACCUGCCCCCAGGCACGUCCAGCAUGAAUCGCCGCGCUAUCCUGCUUUUCUUCAUCAUUCUCAUCAACGCCUUUGGGAGCAUCCUUGAGAUAUUGUUGCUAUAUGCGAAGCGCAAGAUCGUUGAGAAGCACGCCCGAUACGCCUUAUACCAUCCUAGUGCCGAGGCCCUGUCAUCCAUGGUUGUGGAUCUACCCUAUAAGAUCGUAAACGCCAUACUAAUGAACACAACCUUGUACUUUAUGGGCAAUCUUCGGCGAGAACCUGGUCCGUUCUUCUUUUUUUUACUCAUUUCAUUCACGAUGGUGCUGACCAUGUCGAUGAUGUUCCGUCUCAUCGGGUCAGCCGCCAGGUCUGUUACUCAAGCGCUGGCACCAGCUUCAGUUAUUCUCUUGAUGAUCUCGCUCUACGCUGGCUUCGCACUUCCAACGGAGUACAUGCAGGACUGGCUUGCUUGGCUCAGGUGGAUAAAUCCAGCCUACUACGGAUUCGAAAGUGUUAUGCUCAAUGAGUUCGUCGGGCGCGACUUCCCUUGCUCGGCCUUUGUCCCCCAGGGUCCUACUUAUGGCUCGGUGGCUGCUACCGAGAGGGCCUGCUCCUCUGCUGCAGCUGUCCUUGGGCAGGACUUCGUCCGUGGGACGGAUUACCUUCUCACUUUAUAUGACUACGAGAAUUCCCAUCGAUGGAGGAACUUUGGUAUUCUGAUCGCUUGGAUGGUCUUUUUCAUGGGAUCGCAUUUGUUCGCUACAGAGUACAUCUCAUCUGAGCGAUCGAAGGGUGAAGUUCUGGUGUUUAGUCGGAAGGCUAUGAGGAGACAUUGGAUGCAAGACAGAGAUGAUGUGGAGACAGAUGCUGCAAAUAAUCCCCAACAAACAAGCAGCGACAACUCCGAAGGUGUUACCGGUAUGGAGGAGCAGACAGCAAUUUUCCAUUGGAAAGACGUUUGUUAUGACAUUAAGAUCAAGAGCGAGCCCCGGCGCAUCCUGGACGAAGGUGUUUCUGGAGCAGGAAAGACCACUUUGUUGGAUGUCCUUGCUACGCGCGUGACUAUGGGCGUCAUAUCCGGCGAAAUGCUUGUCAAUGGGCAACCUCGAGAUGAGUCCUUUCAACGAAAAACGGGAUACGUCCAGCAGCAAGACCUCCAUCUUCCCACUUCGACUGUUCGAGAAGCACUCAACUUCAGUGCCCUGCUUAGACAGCCUGCGCAUUACACAAAAAAGGAGAAGCUUGAUUACGUGGACACUGUGAUCCACCUCUUGGACAUGGAGGAAUACUCUGACGCCGUCAUUGGCGUCCCAGGCGAAGGUUUCAACGUUGAGCAAAGGAAACGACUCACAAUCGGUGUAGAACUUGCAGCACGUCCCCAGCUCUUGCUCUUUCUCGAUGAACCUACUUCCGGACUUGACAGUCAAACAUCAUGGUCCAUUUGCGACCUCAUGGAGAAACUGACUAGAAGCGGUCAAGCCAUCUUGUGCACCAUCCACCAACCCUCAGCAAUGCUUUUCCAGCGAUUCGACCGAUUACUUCUUCUCGCCAAAGGAGGUCGCACAGUAUAUUUCGGCGAGAUCGGCAGGAACUCACAGACCCUGGUUGAUUACUUCAUCCGCAAUGGGGGUCCGGAAUGCCAUCCUGGAGCCAAUCCCGCGGAAUAUAUGCUAGAAGUCAUUGGUGCUGCGCCCGGAGCCCAUACCGACAUCGACUGGCCCGCCGUCUGGCGUCAAACACCAGAGUAUCAAUCGGUUCAAGAUGAGUUGGCCCGAUUGUGUGCCGGUACCUCAGCUCAGUCUGCACCAGUCAGCAAACCAGACCCGUCGAGUUAUAAGGAGUUCGCCGCCGAUUACGGGACCCAAUAUGAGGAGGUUACGAAGCGCGUGUUCCAGCAAUACUGGCGUAGCCCUUCAUACAUCUACUCCAAAGGAAUCCUAUCUUUUGGUCUUGCACUGUUUAUCGGGUUCUCUUUUCUGAACGCCAAAAACACGCAACGUGGCUUGCAAAAUCAGACAUUCGGCGUUUUUAUCUUCAUCACCAUGUUCACCCAGGUUGCACAGCAGAUAAUGCCCAUCUUCGUCUCUCAAAGAACAAUGUAUGAGGCCCGCGAGAGACCUUCGAAGGCGUAUUCGUGGACAGCGUUCCUGUUCGCCAACAUCCUCGUGGAGAUGGUCUGGAACUCACUUAUGGCGGUCCUCAGCUUCGUUUGCUGGUACUUCCCAAUUGGGCUAUACCGGAAUGCAUAUCCCACUGAUUCUGUUGACUCUCGGGGCAUCACCAUGUUUCUCCAAGUCUGGAUGUUUUUUAUCUUUACUGUUUCAUUCGCUUUUAUGCUCAUUGCCGGCCUGCCGAAUGCUGAAAUGGCCGGCGGCCUCCUCAACCUGUUCGCAAUCAUGAUGUUCUUGUUUUGCGGAAUCAUUGCGGGCCCAAGGGAGCUUCCGGGCUUCUGGAUCUUCAUGUACCGUGUAAACCCAUUCACGUAUGUGGUAGAAGGCUUCUUGGGCACGUCGCUGGCCAACGCACCUGUACAGUGUGCUUCAAACGAAUACGUCACCUUCAACGCCCCUGCAAACCAAACUUGCGGGCAAUACUUAUCAGAUUAUAUUUCUGUCGCUGGAGGCUAUCUAUCGGACCCAAACGCAGGCAAUGGAGGCAGCUGCCAGUACUGUGCCCUAGCUGACACCAGUGCCUUCCUGAAAGGUAUCAAUGUCGAAUUUGGAAAUCGAUGGAGGGAUUUUGGGUUCAUAUGGAUAUACACAAUCUUCAACCUAGUCGUGGCAGUCCUGGUCUACUGGCUAGUGCGUGUGCCAAAGAAGAGCAAAGUGAAGAAAGAAUGA